AUGUCGCUCAUUUUUAAGACUACGAACCCCGUGUGCCUGGCCUCAAAUGAUACAGCACGAAAUGUACCCUACGGAGCAGUCAUCACUCAUUGUGCGGUUCCCGGCACCGUGGCCCUCACCUUCGAUGACGGACCAGGCAUCUAUACUCCGCAACUUCUCGACCUCCUCAGCGAGUACGGCGCGCGCUCCACCUUCUUCGUCAAUGGCUACCAGCUCUCCAACCACCACGACAUCUUGGUCCGGACCCUGAAAGAAGGACACCAGAUUGGUUCGCACACGUACGAUCACGCCCGUCUGUCCGCGUUACCAUACGGCGAGGUUGUCGAGCAAAUGCGCCGGCUGGAAGCAGCAUUAUACGAGACCAUCGGCGUUGUUCCGACGUACAUGAGACCGCCCUAUCUCGCCAUCAAUGGAGAAGUCCUCGCCGCCAUGGGCGAACUGGGAUACUAUGUGAUUAGCACAAGCGUGGAUACCAAGGACUAUGCGCACGACCAUCCGGACCUGAUCCCGAGGAGCUUCACGAGGUUCCUGGAGGGUCUGAAUGCCGGUGGCUCGGUGGUUUUGGCCCACGACACCCAUGCGCAGACCGUGGCAACGUUGACCCGGGCGAUGCUGGAUGAGAUUGUGGCCCGGGGGUUAGUUCCUGUCCCGGUGGGAGAAUGCUUGGGAGACUCGGAGUAUAAUUGGUAUCGUUAAUGCCACCAGCAGAUCAAGGCAGUUGGUGGACACCCCCUUGGCUGCAUUUCUUUACAUAGUUUAUUUUCGUAAUGCAUGUCUCAGUCUUCAUGCUAUGUUCGGUAUUUGGUUCAAUAAUAAGGCACAUCACAGUGGGAAUGUCUGGAGCCGAGAGGAAAGUCUUAGAGGAUUAGAGCCGGUGAGGUUGCGCCUUCAGGGAAACAGGAUAUCGGACUGUCUCCGGAUGAAAUUUUUAUGUUUCAGCCCUCUGUUUUUAAUAGAGGUAAUUGUUCC